AGCAUCGGCUCGCACAGGCACCAUCCAAAAAUCUUUUCUCUAGACUACUAGCUAGUAUUUUCUCUUUUGAUUGUCGGUACUCUUCACCAUGACAGAAAUAAGCAGCGACAAUAAUCCAAGCACUGAGACUACUACUACUACUACUACUAAUAGUACAUGUAAUCCUUCCAGCACAAUCCAAGCCGAAGAAGUCCUGAUUAAGAAUGGUAAACCUCUGGCCAAACUGGACCCGAAUCAUGCCCUGAGAUCAUUUUCGUUGGGCGAACGGAUCAAGGGAGGAAGAUCGAUUCUCAAGCUGACCAAUCUGAUCCAACCCGACGAGAUUGACACUCUAGUCAAGUCGUCUCUUGCAGCUGCGGAGGAACGCAAGGGAGGCAGCACAGAGCCAAUAUUGGAACAAGACGACCCCAACCGAGUGUUGAUUCGACUCCUGCCCACCGCCACGGCGCAGCGAGAAAAUGCGCCCCAGGAUGCGCUCCCCGAACCCGUCUCCCAGUUGAUGGAGGAAAUAUUGGAACGAGCCUUGACAUUUCUCGAUCAACAAGUCUGUCCCAGUGUCCGAACGACUCUGUUUGGCGACGACUGUUCCAGCAUGGCGGCGCUGUUGCGCGACAAUCAACUCGAAUAUUCCAAUCGAGAACCAGCCAUUAAUGUCUACGAGGCACCACAUGGCCACUUUAACAUGCACAAGGACCAUCACGCGCUUUCCAUUGUCAUGCCCUUGUCUGUGCCUGCCAAAGAUUUCAAAGGCGGCGGGACAGCAUUCUGGAGUCAAUCGCAUCCGAUUCAAGGAAUGGAUUCACCCUCGAUUGUGUUAAAACCCCCACCGGGUACUGCCAUGGUGUGGGGAGGACGAGUCAGUCACAAAGGGGUCCGGAUCACCCAAGGAACGCGAGUGGUCUUUGUCGCCAGUUUUUCCGGUCCCAAUACUCCGGACGAUGUCCGAGCGCGUCUUUCGGCAGGAAUGGGACUUCGGACUGUUCUAAGUGGGAGAUGAAUAAAGGAACUGUACAAAUAGCUAAUGAAUUGAAAAAGUCAAUGGCUAGUUUUAGAUUCAGCUGCAAGUU